GAUUCCUUCAGAUUCGAUGAAGUAUGUACAUAAUAUAUGUAAGUACAACCUUCGGAACGCGUUUUCUAUCAACCACAUGCUGUCAGGCUUUGAUAAGAGUUGAUAUGUCACUCUCUGGUUUCUCUUCUAAAUGUUUUCAGAGGUCCAGGUCUUUGCAUUCAGGGAUUGGUUCUCAUGGGAAAGAAAUAUAGAACGCGCGCAUCAGAGCAACCGGAGCAUUUUCGGUUAUUUUUUUCAUAUAAAAAGGAGUGCUUCGUUGCCAUUUUUCCUCACCCUACACGUCUUUUCCUGUUUCGCUCUUUGUCUGUGUGUCGUUGACGGCCUGCUCUUCUCCAUCUUUCUGACCAGGUGUCCCUUCCAUCGGCCUCUUCUAAGCCUCUUUUCUUUCUGUCAACGCAAGCAAGCGACCACUUUCAUUUCACAAUUUCUUUUGCGAAGCUCGACGCUCGAAAUGUUCACUGCAACUAAAAUUGGUGCUCUUACUUUAUCCAUCCUCGCUGCGUCUGAGGAUGUCCUGGCUCGUCCUCUUCUUGCAUUCAGACAGAGCACGAAUUCUUCAAUUGGAGACUUUGGUAGCUGUACUGUCCCGCAGAUCCAGUUCGCUACAGGAUUCGACAACAGAAAGGAAACUUCCUUUGAGCCUGUAGAUCUGACUUCUUAUCCUCAUGGCUCAGCUCAGGGUAUCGACAUCAUUACCCAAUUCAUGUGCGACCAACUGGUGAAUUCCUGUGGUGCUGACGCUACAGCAAAGGCCACUUGUGCUUCCGCAGCAGCAGCUGCCGACACAGCGACCGCCAAAACGGGAGCGCAGGCUGAUAAAUUCAACGCCGUCUUUGGUAUCCAAACGAACUUUGCUGCUGUACCUGUUGUCAGUGACCAGGGUGUUACUUUGGGUGUCGAUGGUUCAGGUACCUCUGCUGCAGCUUCUGCUACUUCCGCCGUAGCUGUCGCCUCUGCUGCAUCUGCUACCACGACAUCUAUUGCUGCGACUGUUGCCGAUACCGCUACUUCGAGUGACCCUUGCCCUGCUACCGUUACGGUGACAGUGACUGCUGCAGAUGCGGCUAGUACGAGCGCAGCUGCCACCGACGCAGCUACCGAUGCAACCAGCGCUGCUGAUGUGGCUACUACAAGUGUAGCUGUUGCAAGUGCUACUGCAGCGGCAAGUUCGAGUGCUGCAGUGGCAACAAGCACUGCGUCUGCAGCCGACAUUGGCAACUUCGGAUCUUGCACUGUGCCUCAGAUCCAGUUCGGUGUGGGUUUCGACAAUCGUCGUGAGACCGCCUUUGAGCCUGUUGAUCAAACUUCAUACAACCAUGGUUCUGCGGACAACAUCGCAGUGAUUACUGAUUUCAUGUGUAACACCCUCACGAAUACCUGUGGUGCUGAUGCUACAGCCAAGGCUACUUGUGCAACUGCUCAGGCUGCUGCCGCCGCCGGCCUAGCUCAAACUGGUGAUCAAGCUGAUAAAUUUAAUGCUGUCUUCGGUAUCAUCACAACAUUCGCUCAAGUUCCCGUUGUGAGCAACACUGGAACAACUCUUGGUGUUGACGGCACGAACACCGCUGCAGCUGCAACUGCCACUGCUUAAAAGUCUGAAGAAGAAUUGUCCUGAUGUUAGAUAUUGUAUACCCGUUCCUCAGCAUAUUCCAUACCAAUUUUUGUAUCGUCUUGCCCAUUUCCCCGUCAAUUGAAUGCACGUUCGUAGGUUGUCACUCUUUGUUUGCUGAUUGGAUCUGCUUAUCCUGGAGGACCUUCUUGGUUUUCUGGAUAAGCCGCUUUCGAUUCUCAUCGGUCCUAAGUAUAAUGAUUCUUUAAGAUUCACCGGCUACUUACAUACCGGCCAAUGGCAACUAUCAUCCCAAAAAAACUGACCUGA